AUUGAGUCUUCCAUCUCUAAUUCCUUUUAAGUUUAUCCCUUGUACAACAAACUAAAACCUUCAUUCUCUUCUCUUCUUCAUAUUCAAAUUCUAAUCCCAAAGAAAAACAAACACAAAAUGUUUCAGCACGUCUCGUUCUUCUUGUUCCUCUUCAUUACCAUCCUUCCUUCAUUUCCCGCCAGAAACAUGCCUGAUUUCAUAACCGUUUUACCUGUCAAUCCUGAUAUGAAUUACACGUGGAGCACGUUUCAUAAGUUCUUAGAUAUCCGUCGAGGCAGUGAAAUCAUUGGCAUGUCUGAGCUAAAGAAAUACUUCCACCGUUUCGGAUAUCUACCAAAAAGUGAUACGAACUUCACCGAUAUUUUUGAUGAUGGAUUGGAAUCAGCUGUUACUCAGUAUCAAUCGAAACUCGGUUUGCCUGUUACCGGUAAACUGGAUUCUGCUACACUAUCUGAAGUUAUGUCACCUAGAUGUGGUGUAGGGGACAACGAUGAUCAUAAGUUACAUAUAACAAAACACUACACAUAUUUUCCGGGUAGACCUAGUUGGGGAAGAACUACACCGUUGAUGUUAACUUAUGCUUUUUCCUCCAGUGAUUUUAUCGACUACAUAGAAAUUUCAGAUAUUCGAGCUGUUUUUAACCGAGCUUUUACGAGAUGGGCUUCAGUUAUUCCAGUUAAUUUUACAGAGACUCAAGACUAUAAGCAUGCUGAUAUCAAAAUAGGUUUUUAUAGUAAGGACCAUGGAGACGGGGAACCAUUUGACGGGGUACUUGGAGUGCUAGCGCAUGCAUUUUCACCAAAAAGCGGCCGUUUCCAUCUUGAUGCGGCAGAAACUUGGUCUGUUGAUUUUGAGUCAGAAAAAUCAAGAGUGGCCAUUGAUUUGGAAUCCGUUGCGACACAUGAAAUUGGACAUGUCUUAGGGUUGGGCCAUUCAUCUGUUAAAGAGGCUGUCAUGUACCCUAGUUUAAACCCUAGAAGUAAAAAAGUGGACUUGAGAUUGGACGACGUUAAUGGGGUUCAAGUCCUUUAUGGUUCCAAUCCAAAUUUUAGUUUAACUUCUUUCCUACAGUCUGAAACUUCUCCUAAUAAAUCCUUCGGUUUAAGAGGACACAGAUUUAAUCCCAUAUUUUCAAUUUCUCUAAUAGCAGUAUUUUUUUGUAUUUAG